GGCCUUGCCGGGGCCUCCAGCUGAGCCGCCGCCAUGCAGAUCACGCUGAAGACGCUGCAGCAGCAGACCUUCAAGAUAGACAUCGAUCCUGAGGAGACGGUAAAAGCACUGAAAGAGAAGAUUGAAUCAGAAAAAGGGAAAGAUGCUUUUCCUGUAGCGGGCCAAAAAUUAAUAUAUGCAGGUAAAAUACUUAAUGAUGAUAUUGCUCUUAAAGAAUACAAAAUCGAUGAGAAGAAUUUUGUGGUGGUUAUGGUGACAAAACCCAAAGCAGCAUCAGCUGUUCCAGCUCCAUCGCCAGCUACAACUCAGCAGUCCAGCACUGCCACCACUACUGUUAGCUCUUCUACGAUAACUGCUUCAGCCCCAACACCAGCACCCAUCCCAGCCCCUGCUUCUGGACCAGUUUCAGCUCCUGCACCAGCCGCUCCAACACCUGCUGCGGUAGCUUGUGAGCCUGCACCAGUAAGUGCCCCUGUAGAAGAGAAACCAGCAGAGAAGCCAUUAGAGACACCAGCUGACACCAGUCCGUUACCUACAGACAGUUCAGCAGGUGAUACUUCACGAUCAAAUCUCUUUGAAGAUGCUACAAGUGCACUUGUGACAGGCCAGUCCUAUGAAAAUAUGGUGACCGAGAUCAUGUCGAUGGGAUACGAGCGAGAGCAAGUGAUUGCCGCACUGAGAGCCAGCUUCAACAAUCCUGACAGGGCGGUGGAGUACCUUCUAAUGGGAAUCCCUGGAGACAGAGAGAGUCAAGGUAUGGCUGAUCCUCCUCAAGCAGCCAGCACUGGUGCUUCUCCAUCCUCAGCUGUGGCGGCUGCAGCAGCAACUACAACUACUACUACUACAACUACUACUAGUUCUACAGGCGGACAUCCACUUGAAUUUUUACGAAAUCAACCUCAGUUCCAGCAGAUGAGGCAAAUUAUUCAGCAGAAUCCAUCUCUUUUGCCUGCCUUGCUACAACAGAUAGGACGGGAAAAUCCUCAGCUAUUGCAGUCCUCCCAUGCACCACAGCAAAUAAGCCAGCACCAAGAGCAUUUUAUUCAGAUGUUAAAUGAGCCCGUUCAAGAGUCAGGUCAAGGGGGCGGUGGCAGCGGCGGUGGUGGCAGCGGCGGAGUAGCAGCUGAAGCUGGAAGCCGUCACAUGAACUAUAUUCAAGUAACACCUCAGGAAAAAGAAGCUAUAGAAAGGUUAAAGGCACUAGGGUUCCCUGAAGGACUUGUGAUUCAAGCGUAUUUUGCAUGCGAGAAGAAUGAAAAUUUGGCGGCCAACUUCCUUCUACAACAGAACUUCGAUGAAGAUUGAAAGGGGAGAGACUCUUUUUAAAAAAAUCUCACAUCACACCAGUGCAUUACACGAGCUGUUCACUGGAUUGUCUGGGAUACUUGGGCUCAUAUCCAUGAUACUUGGUGUAAGGUAUGGGGGGUGGGGUGGGUGGGAGGGGAGAGAGAAGAAAAUAUAGAAAGGACACAAGGAAAGACAAGCAUGUCUCUGCUCUAAAUCAGCAGAUGCAGCAGAUCACAAAAUGUAAAAUACUAUACAACCAAAAAAUCAGCUUUUUUGCAGAUGUUUAGUUCCUUGACUUUAUUUCUCCCCCUCCCCUGCCCCUCCCCCAGUUUUCACUCUUUUAGUGUACUAGUUCCCAAAAUUAGUGCGGUGCCCUGCUUCAUUUCUUUUUAAUUAACAUUGGUCUUGGAGAUAGCCUUUGCUACCUAGAACUGACAGUCUGUAUUUCAUGGUCACACUGGAUAAUGACUUUGUAAAAUUGAAGAAAAGUAUAUUUGAGCAACUGUACAACAUAAAUGCCAAAAAGUGUAGGUGGAGGGGUGUUUUUUGCUGCUUCAGAUGUAUCAGAUUACUGCAAGAGACCCAUUUCACCCAAAUGGUUGAUUUAGAAUUAUUCAAAAUUAUAAAA